AUGGCCGCCGAGAACACCAAGCUCUUCCAGCCCAUGAAGAUGGGCAAGAUGAACCUCUCCCACAAGGUCGUCAUGGCCCCCCUCACCCGCUACCGUGCCGACGAUGACGGUGCCCCCAUCCUCCCCAUGGUUGCGCAGUACUACGCCGACCGUGCCUCGACCCCGGGAACCCUUCUGAUCAGCGAGGCUACCGCCAUCUCUCCCGCUGAUAUUGGCGAUCUCAACCUCCCCGGCUUCUCCACCGAGGCCGAGUGCGCUGCCUGGAAGCAGGUCUACGACGCCGUUCACGCCAAGGGCAGCUACAUGUUCCAGCAGCUCUGGUCUCUCGGCCGUGCUGCCGACCCCAACUUCGUCAAGGGCCGCGGCUACAAGUACUGCUCCUCCAGCGACAUCCAGAUGACCGGCCGCCCCUGCCCCCCUGAGGCCCUGACUGAGGAGGAGAUCUGGGAGAAGAUCAACCACUUCCGCAACGCCGCCAAGAACGUCGUCGCGGCCGGUGGUGACGGCGUCGAGAUCCACGGCGCCCACGGCUACCUUAUCGACCAGUUCACCCGCGACUCGGUCAACAAGCGCACCGACAAGUGGGGCGGCUCCGUCGAGAACCGCGCUCGCUUCCUUCUCGAGAUCAUCAAGGCCGUCGUUGAGGAGAUCGGCGCCGAGCGCGUCGCCCUGCGCCUCAGCCCCUUCGCCACCUUCCAGGAGUCCUACAGCACCGACACCUGGGAGCAGACCAUCUACAUCGUCCGCGAGCUCAAGAAGGCCGGCUACAAGCUCGCCUACCUCUCGCUUGUCGAGGCCGUCGGCAACCCCGUCAACCUCGGCAUCGUGCCCCGCCAGCCCACCGACGACGUCCAGCCCUUCGCCGAGGACCGCCCCCAGACCCUCGACUUCAUCCUCGAGGAGUGGGACAACCUCUCCCCCGUCGUCGUUGCCGGCGGCUACCUCAGCGACAGCGCCCGCUGGGCCGUCGACGAGCGCUACAAGAAGUGGGACGUCGCCGUCGCCUUCGGCCGCUACUUCAUCUCCAACCCUGACCUCGUCUUCCGCGUCAAGAACAACCUGCCCCUCACCCCCUACGACCGCUCCACCUUCUACCUGAAGAAGAGCAACGAGGGCUACAACACCUACGAGUUCAGCAAGGAGUACCUCAAGGCCCACGCCUCCGCUUAA